CAAGGCAAGAGAGCAGCUGCAGAGAGAGAGAGAGAGAGAGAGAGAGAGCGCGAUCAGGGAUCGCUGACAACAACGGGCUGGCUCAUGCUGGAAAAGUCAGAAACGCAACAUUUUCUCUCUCUGUGAUCCGACAGUUUUCAGCACCAACCUUCUUCUCUUUUUGACAAGCACAUUGUAUGUUUUCUUCGCUCGCUUUGGGACUGCAUUUCUCAUUCCGACGGCCUGAAAUGACUGGAUAGGUACCGCGUCUAGCCAAUGCUUGCUGCAGGGGCUUCUGUCUUGUGGAUUAUCCGUCGUCGUCGUCGCCGAGCAAGUCGUACGGUCGAGCCCGGAGGAGGCCCCGCUCUGCUGGAUGGAUGUGUGUAAGGCGGCGCGGUGAUAACGAUGCUGCUGCUCGGCUUUCAUCGGCACUGGGUCAACUGAUCUUGGAUGUCCGGGCUACAUCGCCCCCCCUACACGAACCAUUUUCUCCCACAGCAACACUUUAAUUCCUUAAAAACUGGACGCCCCUGGAGCAGUUUAUGACGAGCCUGGUAGGAGCGUGAUGAGCGCGCGCUUCCGCUUGCCUGCUGGCAGAUCCUACAAUGUCCGGGCGACGGAGCUGGAGCGAGACAGGCAGCACACACAGGUUGUGUGCAACGUGCUGCUGCUGGACAACACUGUGCAGGCGUUCAAAGUCAACAAGUCGGAUCACGGCCAGGUGCUGCUGGACGCCGUGUUUAAGCACCUGGUGCUGACCGAGAGAGACUACUUUGGCCUGCACCUGGCUGAUGAUGGCUCAGAUACACCACGCUGGCUGGAUCCCAAUAAGCCCAUCAGGAAACAGUUAAAAAGAGGGUCUCCACAUAACCUGAGCUUCAGAGUCAAAUUCUUUGUGGCUGAUCCGAGUAAACUUCAGGAAGACUACACACGGUACCAGUAUUUCCUUCAGAUCAAGCAGGAUAUAUUAACUGGAAGAUUGCCCUGUCCUCACAACACAGCUGCGCUGCUGGCAUCCUAUGCUGUUCAGUCCGAGUUGGGAGACUACAAUGAAGCGGAGCAUUCUUCCGGCUACCUGUCUGACUUCUGCUUCAUCCCCAACCCCCCACAAGACUUCCACAAAGAGGUCUCCAAACAUCACCAGCAGCACAGCGGUCUAUCUCCUGCCCAGUCGGAGUUUAAUUAUCUGAACACAGCACGCUCGCUGGAGCUCUACGGGGUGGAGCUGCACUAUGCAAGGGACCAGAGCAAUGCAGAGAUUCUGAUUGGGGUGAUGUCCGCUGGCAUUGUGGUUUACAAGAACAGGGUACGGAUCAACUACUUCCCAUGGUUGAAAAUAGUGAAAAUCUCCUUCAAGUGCAAACAGUUUUUCAUCCAGCUGAGAAGAGAGGCGGCAGAGACUCGGGAGACACUGCUGGGCUUCAACAUGGUCAACUACCGGGCCUGUAAGAACUUGUGGAAGGCCUGCGUGGAGCACCACACCUUUUUCAGGCUGGAGCGGCCCAUCCCCCCACAGAAAAACUUCUUCGCUCACUACUUCAGCCUGGGCUCAAAGUUUAGAUACUGUGGGCGGACAGAAGUGCAAUCUGUGCAGUAUGGAAAGGAGAAAGGGAUCAAGGACAGAGUUUUUGCCAGGUCUCCCAGCAAGCCAUUGGCGAGGAAGUUGGUGGGCGGGACCGACUGGGAGUCGGUAAGCAGGAACAGCCUAUCAGACGAGAGACUGGAAACCCAAAGCCUGCCCACACGUUCGCCACCUGGAACACCGAACCAGAACUCGCUGUUUGUCCAAGACGGCACACGGCUACGCCCGUCGUCGGUUGGCCACCUGGUUGAUCAUGUGAUCCACGCUUCGCCCAGCCUACCUGUCUUCUCCUCCAAUCACAAGUCGGCGUCGUCCACGCAGGCCAACAGCAUCAGCCUGGACUCGACACCGUCUCCCGAUGGGGUAGAUGGUCAACCUCCAGCUCUGCCUCCGAAGCAGCUGAGCAGGAAAACACUGAGCCAGAUCAUCCAGGCCCAUUCGCAGCAGAGUCUCCUGGACAACCACCUCAAUGAGAUGUACGACGUUCCCGUCAAUGCCGACAAAACCACGCUGAACGGAGUCGUCCCACAUGAUAAUCUGGUCCUGAUCAAGAUGAGGCCCGAUGAACACGGACGUUUCGGCUUCAAUGUCAAGGGUGGAGCUGACCAGAAGAUGCCCAUCAUUGUGUCUAGAGUUGCUCCGGGAACCUCAGCCGACCUCUGCGUGCCUCGCCUUAACGAAGGGGACCAGGUGGUUCUAAUAAAUGGGCGGGACAUCUCUGACCACACCCAUGACCAGGUGGUGAUGUUCAUCAAGGCCAGCUGUGAAAGCCACUCUGGAGAACUCAUCCUACUAGUCAGACCAAAUGCCAUCUACGACGUAGUGGAAGAGAAGGUCGACUCGGAGCCGGAAUUUCAAUACAUCCCAGAGAAGUCCCUGCAGGAUCCCACCCAGCUCGACCAACAUGCCUUGAGGGACUCCAUGAUGGCUCUGAAGGAAGGCCUGAGUAGUGGAGGCAUUCUGGCUCAGUUUGAUCAACAGUACAGGAAGAGGCCGGGGAUGACCAUGCUGUGUGCCAAAUUACCUCAGAACGUUUCCAAAAAUCGCUACAGAGACAUCUCCCCAUAUGAUGCCACACGGGUCGUACUGAAAAGCACAGACGACUACAUCAAUGCAAACUACGUCAAUAUGGAGAUUCCUGCGUCCAGCCUGAUAAACCGCUACAUAGCGUGCCAGGGCCCACUGCCCAACACCUGCCCUGACUUCUGGCGGAUGACCUGGGAGCAGAGCUCGUCGAUGGUGGUCAUGCUGACCACUCAGGUGGAGAGGGGCAGGGUGAAGUGUCACCAGUACUGGCCCAACCCAGACAGCAGCGCCACCUACGGAGACUUUAAAGUCACGUGCCACAACGAAGAGGGCAACUCCGCCUUCCUGGUGCGGGAGAUGACUCUCACUCACAUACAGAGUGAGCAGCAGAGAGAGCUCACUCAGCUCCAGUACCUGGCUUGGCCGGACCACGGCGUUCCUGAUGACUCUACCGAUUUCCUGGACUUUGUGGCUCUGGUACGAAGCAAACGGGCCGGACAGGACCAGCCCAUGGUGGUGCACUGCAGCGCCGGGAUUGGUCGAACAGGGGUUCUGAUCACCAUGGAGACGGCAUUGUGUCUGAUGGAGUGCGGCCAGCCUGUGUAUCCUCUGGAUAUUGUCAGAACAAUGAGAGAUCAGAGGGCCAUGAUGAUACAAACACCAAGCCAGUACCGCUUUGUGUGCGAGGCCAUCUUGAAAGUGUACGAAGAAGGUCUGUUCAAGCCCCAAGCAGCGGCCGUCUACCAGCUGAAGGAGAAGCCGAGGGAGGAAAAGGCUGAGGAGGAAACGAAGAAGGAAGCAAAGAAAGAGGACGUAGGAGAGCCGGAGAAAGUGGAAGAGGAAGCAGAGGCGGCUGUGGUGGAGCUUCUGGAGGGAGGCCUGGACGAGGAGGAUGAGGACGACGACGAGGAAGUGGAGGUGUUGGACGUGGGGGAAGUGACGGAAGAGGAGGAGGAGGAGCCGAGUGUCGCAAGCUGCACCAGCGUUACAAGCGAGACCAGCGCGAACCCAGAUCCGGAUCCCGAUCCUGCUGACCCCUAACCUCAGCGUGGAAGUCGCCAGGAGGAGGAGAAAACAGAAGCACUGUUGCACUUUAUGCUGACAAAAACGGAAAAAAAGGACAAAUAUGAAAACGCUGAACUGAAACAACAACAAAAAAAAAACAGAAAUCCAGUUGUGUUGAAUAGGUACAGUGAUGGGGUGUUUUAUGAUCAGGGUUGGAAGACAAGUGUACAAAGAAUAAAAAAGUACGAAAAAUAAAGUUUGGAUUGGAAAAUCGCUGUAGUGCCAUAAGUCCGAAGGGGAGGGGCUUCCCCAUGGAUGAAAAGCUCCCCCAACCUUCAUUUUUUGUUGUUUUUUUUUUAACCCAAAGGGGUCAUCCUGUUCCCUUCUAAGCGAGUCUGCCAGACGGGCCUGCCUUUUUUAAAGCCCUUUUAGCUGAUAAAGAAAGAAAUCUUAUCUUUUGUUCCUCAGACAGAGUAUUUAUUGUGUUUUAGUUUGUGUCAAACCCUGUCCACUGAACAAAAAAUAGCUGUAUGUUCUGUUUGUUUGUACGAGUCUACGAGCUUCAUGCUAUCCUGAUUAAAUCUUAGCUAGUGAAAUUGUGUUACGCCCCCUGCUCUGUUUUGUUUGAGUUUUUUUUUUUUUUUUUUAGUUUUGAGGCUUUUCAAGGGGGAAAAAACGCAGUGAUUUAAUUUAUUGUAUUUAGUUUGAAAUCUUCCUCCUCUUUUCUUGUUUACUUUUUUGCCUCUUUUACUCAAUGCUGUGGCAGGUUGGGUACUUUCUCAUGCUCUGUGUUUUUGAGCUUGGACACACACAGACACACACACACAUUCAUAGUUUGCAGUCCUCAGGGCCUUUGUUUAGUGGAGAUCUUUAUUUAAUUUUUGCAAAUAUUCACAGCAGUAUUCAGGUAGAAAAAGAAAUAGUUACCUGAGCUAGAAUUUGAACUCAACAACUGGGAUCACUUCUCGUUUUUUAUCCAGUCAGUGUUCCUGCUGAAGUGUCCUUGAGCCAGACACCAACAGGAAAGCCCUGCAUCAUUCCAGAAGAAAAUCUUCUGUCUGAUCAAAAUAAGUUUUGCAACACAGAUAUUUCCAGGUAUUUCAUGCAUUUUUCUUUUUUUGUUUCAGAGGUGGUUGAAAAGCUGCUACAAGUUUUAUGCAAUCAGUAUUUGUUUGUUUUUUGAGGUGCAUCAACAGAAGUAGUUACAGUCUUUAAAAAUAAGAAAGUGGAACUCUACCUGUUUUGAACUUGGUUGUGGCAAACGGGAGCUUAGUUGACAGGAAAGACUUCAGAGGCAGCACAAACAUAACAUAAUUUUUUUUCCAUCUGAUCUUCUCCAGAGUGUUUUACAUCAAUUAUGUUUGAGUGAUGAAAAACAGGAAGGAUUUAUUUUUACCUCACUAGAUUUUUUUUGAGAGUUUGGUAAGUUAUUUUUUGAUCUGAUUAACUCUUGGAUUUUUCUGGAAACCCCUGCAGCUCUGUGUUGCUUUUGGGUGUGUAUGUGUGCGUGAAGUCUUAUUUGUGUUGCUCUGUUUCCUUCCUUCGGAGGACUUGCAAAAUAUAAAUAAUUUUCCCCUUUUAAAAUCACAAAUGUCAGUUUGUUUUUUGGAUUAGAAAUGCACACGUUAAAGUCGAAGUAAAAAGAUGCAUGGGUUUCAUUUAUUAAAAAAGAUAACUGUGGUGUUUAUUUGUAUGCAUCUUAGUAAAUACUACAACUCACUCUACCUUCAGUUAGUGCUACUAGUAUUUUAGGGUUGUUUUUUUUUUACCAGCUGUUCAAACAUGGGGAGUAAAUUCUUCUUUUCAAAUCAACUGAAGCUCAAAAAGAGGGAUGAGAGGGUCUGUGAAGAUACACUUUUAGACCUUAAACCUAGAAGAAAACAAUUUUCUCAACUGUAGUUAGGUCUAGACUUUGAUGAGGCUAUUUUUGAACAGGAUUUAAACAGCUCCAUCUAUUUUCCAAUCAGCCACAACCAGCUUCCUUGUCUCAGUUUAAGAAAAGCAUGCCCACAGCAUAAGGCUUCCACCACCCAGGUUUACUAUAUUUACAGUAUUAAGAUUUUUUUCACACGUAAGCUAGAUAUUCAGCUUAAACUGGCUCACCUUCUUCCACUUGUUUCCAAACCGCUUUCUUCUUGCCUCCAGUUUGUUCUUGAGCAUAUUUGCAUAAACCCCAGAGAAACUAUACUCUGCUUAACUUACACAAGUGGACUCUACUUAAAGAAAGUCUCUAACUUUCUCUUAUUUUCUGAUCACCGUUAAUCACUCUGCUAACCAUGAAUCAUUUAUCUUCUUGUCAAUUAUGCACAACUUUGUAUUGGCCUAUUGUUUAAAAAUACCAAUUACAUUCAGUUCCUUGGUUGUAAAUUGAACCAAAAAAAAUUUAAAACUUAAAAUAUUAAUAAGCUUUUGAUUAUUUUUACAAGGUUCUCCACCUCCUCUUUGCACAAAAUUGGAAAAAUGCAUCUGAAUCCACCCGAGUCUUGCUUGAGAAAAUAUUUACACAGUGUUUGAAUCCUCCUUUUUCAGAGAGCUGAAUCAUAAUUUUAAGGAUGAACAAAGAGCUGCCAUCCUCUUCCACUUUUUUAUUUAUUGCUUAAGCUUUCCCUCUAGUGUGUCACCCUCCCAAAUUCAGCCCAGCAUCCUUCAGUCAUCUCUGCGUAGCCCACACAGCAUCCAUUCUCCUCAUUCUUUCCACCCAGAUGCCUCUGUUUUUGGUUCAUUGUACACAGAUCCCACUCUCUCUGCAUGGCCUCAAGGCAAAAUGACACAUCUGAGCAGAGUACGCCGGGUCCAGAAGCACAGCUCAGUUUUAAACCAGCUAAUCAAUGGCUUGCUAAAGAAGCCAUCAACAAAAACAUCAACUGUUUUUGUUGAUGUGCGUGUAUGUGUGAGAGAGAGCUUAAAGCUGCAAAUCGGCUUAAAAAGAAACUGAACAAAAGCAGAAAAGUUCCAUAAUUUGUCGGGAAUUUUAUAAUUUAAGUAGGGGUUUAUGGUACUGAUUGAUAGAAGUUGGGAAGAGACGAGAUGUGGGGAGGGUUUCAGUUUGUUGUAUUUUUGUAAAAAACUAAUAUCAGUUUUAAUUGGUUAGGAGAAGGGAAAGCACUUUGUAGAGAGGCUGGGUGGGCAGGUAGUGCUACUGAACAUAAAAAGCAGAUCUAAGAGACGUAAAGCAUUGUUAAAAUAAGUACUUUUAUUCUUAAUUUAUCGUUUUUCUUUGAAAAUGAGACACCUGUAAUGAACAAAGAAGAGAGCUCCUAAUGACACAGUGCCACUUGUUCAUUUUGUGUAAAUAUUACUAGACCAUGUAAAUACAAUGUUGUAUAUGAAAAAAACUUUAAAAUAAAAGGGAAAAUCAUUUGUGAGCAGAAAAAUGGUUUUAUUUUUAUUUGGAUGAUUCCAAAUGUGACACAAAUGCUGUGUAAUUCAAAGUUUUGUUUGUUUUAUUUCAAUCUAAAACAGCGAGUGUAUAUAUUUAAUGAACCACAAAGUGUUUUACCGUACUAUAACCUUUGGUUUAUUUCCUACUUGUGUCAUAAAAAGAUGCUUUUGUCCUCA